AUGGCGAAGUACGAUCUUGCUGUGCUACAACGCUUCCGCUUUGAGCGUGUCUUGAACGAAGAUCCAAUCACGCACGCGCUCACCCUGCUCGGGACACUGCCCACCGGGAGCGCUCCCGCCGACUCGGACGAGCAUGCGCCGGCCAUCGUGCGGAUCGAGAAGACUGCGCUCACAGCGGGUCAAGCAGAGCAACUGCUCUCGGGCUCCCUCAGGGAUGCGAAGUUGAUCGAGGGCACCGACAUCUAUACAUGGUUGUCGGGAUGGCUGAAUGCCUCAGAGGACAGACCGGACGUGAAAAUCAACAUCGUCCACCCUGCUACCGAGGUUCACAUACGAAAGUACUCCCAACAAGAGUUCUCCAUCGUCCACGAGACGCCUGCACUAUACGAGAGAAUAAUCAAGCCAUACAUCUCCGCGUUCCCCCCAUCGCGAACCCAAUGGGUUGAGAACAUCCUGACCGGCGCAUCCGAGGCCGACAAGAUCCUCUUCCGCGACCCGUCCCCCUCCGCAGGCUACGUGCUCUUGCCCGACAUGAAGUGGGACCUGACCACGCUCAGCUCGCUCUACCUCGUCGCGAUCGCCUUCAACCGCGGCAUCCGCAGCCUUCGCGACCUCAACAAGUCGCACCUCCCCAUGCUCACGAGCAUCCGCCGUGAAGCCGCGCGCGUCGCGAAGGAGCGCUGGGGACUUGACCAUGGGUCUCUGCGCAUGUUCAUCCACUACCAGCCGUCCUACUAUCACUUCCACGUACACGUCGUAAACGUCAACUACCACGGCCUGCCAGGUAUGUCCGCAGGACAGGCUCACCUCCUAGACGACAUCAUCUCCAUGAUCGAGUGCGACUCGGACGACGGCCCGUCAAUCCUGCAGCGCAUGACGCUCACCUACGCCCUCGGCGAGCAACACGGGCUAUACGAGCCCCUAAAAGCAGCCCAACGCGAACUCGGCUUCUACUAA